AUGCAGCUGUUGAUCCAUCUACUGUUGGUUUGUUCCACAUUGGUCAACGCUUUAGUUAUACCUUCUUUAAAAGACUCUAUAGAUAAAUUUUCUGACGAUAUUCACGGUUUAUUAGACUCCGCUAAAUUCUCGUCGUUGGCACCAGUACACAAUGCAGAUGCAGAGAAUAUCAUUCCUCAUCGUUACAUCAUCGUCUUUAAAGAUGGUGUAUCAAAGGAACAAAUCCAGUUCCAUAAAGAAUUAAUUACAACUUUACAUUUGCAACAAUCUUCCGCCUUUUCGAAUGAUUUUACGGAAUAUUUACAAACGGAUAUAAAUGUUCCUGAAUCAAUGAGACAAUCUUUGGGUGGUAUUGUGUCAGAUUUUGACAUAUCAUCCUUGCUUUCUGGUUACAUUGCAUAUCUAAGUGAUGAAUUAUUGCAUUUCAUCAGAUUAAAUCCAUUAAUCGCAUUCAUAGAACAUGAUACCAUGGUACACACUACAGAUUUCAACACUCAAAAUAAUGCUCCAUGGGGGUUGGCUCGUAUUUCCCAUCGCGAAUCCUUAAAUCUAGCCAACUUUAACAAGUAUCUAUACGAUGAUGAUGCCGGUAAAAACGUCGACGCUUACGUUAUCGAUACCGGUGUAGACGUCAAUCAUGUAGAAUUCCACAGUAGGGCCCAUUGGGGUAAGACUAUCCCAUUAAAUGACCAAGACAUCGACGGCAAUGGUCAUGGGACUCACGUGGCAGGUACCAUUGGUUCCCAACAUUAUGGUGUUGCAAAAUCCGUCAAUAUCAUUGCAGUAAAAGUUCUUAGAUCAAAUGGUUCAGGUUCAAUGUCUGAUGUCGUUAAAGGUGUAGAAUUCGCCGUUUCAUCUCACCUUGAAAGAAUGAAAAACGAAAAGAAUUUGAAGGGUUCAGUGGCUAAUAUGUCCUUAGGUGGUGGUAAAUCACCUGCUUUAGACUUGGCUGUAAAUGCCGCUGUAAAAGCUGGUAUCCAUUUUGCUGUUGCCGCAGGUAACGAAAAUCAAAACGCUUGUAAUUCAUCUCCAGCCUCUGCUGAACAAGCUGUCACAGUAGGUGCUUCUACCAUUAGUGAUGAAAGAGCUUACUUCUCAAACUGGGGUGAAUGUGUAGAUAUCUUUGCUCCGGGUCUAAAUAUCCUUUCCACAUACAUUGGCGCAAACGAUGAUGUCACUGCUACUUUAAGUGGUACCUCCAUGGCUUCUCCACACGUUGCAGGUUUAUUGGCUUACUACCUAUCCUUACAGCCAGAAAAGAGUUCAGAAUUCAGUACAAGAGCAAUCUCCACUUCUCAAUUGAAAAAGAAGCUCAUCGAAUACGCUACUAAGGACGUCCUAGAAGACUUACCAGAGGGAACACCAAACGUUUUAAUCUACAACGGUGGUGGACAAGAUCUAUCCGACUUCUGGAAUCUACAGAAUUCAAAGAUUCCUGGUUCAAAUUACAUCGGUUACAACUACUUUUCCAAAUUGAAAACACUCUUCGAUGACCUCAACUUCUACUAA